UUUAAACUGAUAUACAUUACUAUAGCUCUAAAGGCAAUGAACUCAAGAUCAUUACAUCCAGUUCCUGCACGUACUAUAUCAUCAUAUUGUGAGUAAGUUUCUUCUUUCACCUCUUCUUGCUGAUGCCAGUGUCUAACAAGAAAACUAAAUUCAGCCUCUACAUUUUACAAUAUAUUUUCUAAAUCAGUUUGCAGCUGAUUAUAGGUGUAAUAAGCCUAAAAUGUCUCUAUAACACUGGUUUUCUUUUAUCUUGCAAAAAUUAUUGUUUAACCUUAAAAAUUUCCAAUUUUUGUGGUGUUGGUACCACAAAUGCAUUGCAUCUUAUUGGGAUUUUAUGUUAUAGACCUACACAAAGUAGCAGAGUAAUUGUGAAGAGGAACAAAAACUUUUACAUUAGUUAACAAACUGAACCCACCAUCCCAACAGUGAAACACAUUGGCAGCCUUCUGCUGUGGGGAUGCAUCAUGAAGACAAGGGAUAAAGUUGUACUAACGUUUAAAGCAGAACUUGGUUGUAAGACAAUAUUUCAAGCUUCGUACAUCUAUUAAAGCAUUGUUCAACCUAUUGUUUGAAAAUGGAAAUUGUAUGGCACAAAUACAAACCUAUCAAUUCAUGGCUAUCCACCUAAACUACUGGGCAAUAAGAGGAUUAAUCAGACAAGCAGUCAAGAGGAACAUGGUAACUCUGGAGGAGCUGCAGAGACUUACAUCCUCUUGCUGUGGGAGAAUGUCAGCAUUACAAAUAUUAUUUGUGCACCCUACAAAUCCAGUCCAUGUAGAAUAGUGGCAGGACGAAAACCAAAAACAUGAAAUGUGAAGGUGGAAGUAUGCUGUGGGAUUGCUUUUGCUCAGCAGGAGCCAAUAAGUUGGCCAGCUUUGAUGGAAAGAUGGAUGGAGGUAAAGACAAGGUGAUCCUGAAAGAAAGGCUGUUAGAGGCUACAAAAGACCUGGGACAGGUUUGGAGGUUCCUAGCAGAGCAACAGACCUACACAUACAGCCAGAGCUACAUUGUAACGCUAUAGAUCAAAGCAUAUUCAUGUCAUAGUGGCCCAGGUAAACACCAUAAAACACCUGCAGCAAUUGCAACUGCAGCUUUAUUUAUAGCUUACUGGAAGUAUGCAAAACCUGUCAUAUUUGUUGUAAGAAUUCUUGACAUCAUUUAUCAUCUUAUCAUCAUGUUUAUAUAUUUGGUUGAAGCUGACAAAUAGGCGUUUGCAGGGACGUUAUUGUUUCCUGUGAAAUCCAAUCAUGUCUUGACGUGGCCUUUGGUAUCCAGUUCUCAUAGUGUAGAAAGCUGCAACCAUGAAUAUUGCAUAGACGUGCAUCAUCCAAUAAAAGCUUUCAUUGUAGCUUCUCUCCCGGGCUGAAGUUGAGUGGAGAAAAUGUAGGGUUACAUCAGGGUGUGUUUUUAGGACUAAAGAAGCUACUUUUCACCAAAGAACAUUAAUGAUCCAUUUUCUACUUCAAGUCAGCAACUUGUAAUGAUUUUGAGGGCAUUCUGCUACCAGAACAGCAUUCCUGAUUUGCAUGUUGAGUUUGACUUUACAUCCUAGUGCAUGUCUUAGUCAUUAAAUCCAUUGGACGUCUAGUUUGCUGAGGAGUGAUGAGAGCGUAAUUCAUGCUGUGUCCGUCAGGUUGCCAGAAAGGAACAUAAGUAGGCAGGAUACACUUUGCAUUUUCGCCUAAUUGUAGCGGUAGGUUUUCUACAGGGACCGGCACGGACUGCAUCCAGCAGCAGCAGCAGUGGUAGCAACACACACCCCUCAGCGCCGGUGAUGCAUCCCCGCGGCAAGGGCACCGACAACUCCUCCUCAGAGUCGUCUCCACUUUAGGAUGGUGCAGAAAUCUAUCAACGGCGGGGUUUACCCAGCACAAGACGGAGAGAAGAAGCACAAAGUCGGGUUCGUCGGCUUGGAUCCCGGCGCUCCGGAAUCCACCAGGGACGGGGCGCUACUCAUUGAGGGCACAGAGAGCGCCAAGCGGGGCAGCAUCCUCAGCAGACCCAGAUCCAGCAUCUCCUGCGGGAGACCCAGACCGUCGAAGAAAAAUGCCAGCUAUCGGAAACUACAGAAUUUCCUCUACAACGCACUGGAGAGACCGCGGGGAUGGGCGUUUGUCUACCACGCUUAUGUCUUCUUCUUGGUCUUCUCCUGUCUUAUCCUCUCAGUCUUUGCCACCAUCAAAGAGUAUAAAGAAAACUCAGAAAAUGCCUUGUACAUCUUGGAAUUUGUGACCAUUGUUGUGUUUGGAGUUGAGUACAUUGUAAGGAUAUGGGCUGCUGGAUGUUGCUGUCGGUACAGAGGAUGGAGAGGGAGGCUGAAAUUCGCCAGAAAGCCUUUCUGUGUCAUAGACAUAAUGGUGCUGAUUGCUUCAGUGUCUGUACUGGCAGCGGGAUCUCAAGGGAAUGUUUUUGCCACCUCCGCCAUCAGGAGUCUGAGAUUCCUGCAGAUCCUGCGUAUGCUUCGAAUGGACCGCCGCGGAGGCACUUGGAAACUGCUUGGAUCUGUCGUUUAUGCCCACAGCAAGGAGCUCAUCACAGCUUGGUAUAUUGGGUUUCUGUGCCUCAUCCUGGCAUCUUUCUUGGUGUAUUCUGUGGAAAAGGAGUCGAAUGAGGAAUUUGAGACCUAUGCUGAUGCUCUUUGGUGGGGACUGAUCACCCUGACUACCAUUGGUUAUGGUGAUAAAGUUCCCAAAACCUGGAAUGGUCGAAUGCUGGGAGCUGCGUUCAGCAUGAUAGGAGUGGCUUUCUUUGCACUUCCUGCUGGCAUUCUUGGCUCGGGCUUCGCCCUCAAAGUUCAGGAGCAGCACAGACAGAAACAUUUUGAGAAGAGACGUAACCCUGCUGCGGGCCUAAUCCAGGCUGCUUGGAGGUUUCAUGCCACUAACCUUUCCCGCACAGAUCUACUGUGCACCUGGGAUUUUUAUGAGCAGACUGUAGCUGUUCCAAUGUACAGGUAA